AAUCUAAAUGAGAUCAUCAGUUUUGAUUUUAGUUGUCUUAGCUGCAACAAUCAAUUGUGCUUUCGUUUAUAAUGAAGCCUUAGCAACUGAAGAGGCUGCUUUGUCUUUUGCUGCUUAUUGUCCAGACACAGCCAUCAACACAUGGAAGGUCGGAUAUGUUAGCACAAAUUACCCCAAUAUCGAAAAGCCCUUAGUGUUCGAAAACAACAUUGCUGUAAGAUAUAAUGAAAUAUAUUAUUUUAGGGUACAAAAGGAUACAUAGCCUACAACCCAUCAUACAAUGCCAUCACAGUUGUCUUUAGAGGUUCUAGCAACAUUCAAAACUGGUUGGACAACAUCCAAUUUGAUAAGGUCAAUUACAACACAGCAUGUAAUUGCUAAGUUCACAGUGGAUUUUUGGAUGCCUUCAACUCCAUCAAGUCAUAAGUUGAUUCUUUGUUCACAAAAUACAGAGGAUUGUAUCCAAAAGCCAAUAUUCAUGUAACUGGUCACUCAUUGGGAGCUGCUAUGGCCACUUUAUACACAACUGAAUUGGCAAUUGCUGGAUACACAGUUCAAUUGAGUACUUUUGGUUUACCAAGAGUUGGAGAUACAGCUUAUUAUAACUAUUUCUCAUCAUUUACAAAGGUUACUCAUUUCAGAGUUGUUCAUGAAAAGGAUGCUGUUCCACAUGUAAGAUAAUUUAAAAUAACAUUUAGGUUCCACCUGAAAACUUUGGAUUCAAUCAUGUUGAUAGAGAAAUCUGGUAUCACAAGAGUUCAUACACUGUUUGCUAAUUGGAUGAAGAUCCUAAUUGCUCAGAUUCAGUCCUUGUUCCAUCAAUUUAAGAUCACAUGAGUUAUAUGGGAUGGAGUUCAACUGUGGACUGCUGAUAUUUAAAAUACAAAUUAACAAAUAUUCAAUAAAAUAUAUGUUCAUACCAUUGAAAAAAC